UUCAGCAUGCGUUUUCUGAUCACAGUGUUGUGUGUGUCUUCGGUAUGGGGAUACCGCCAUUUUCAGGACGAGAUUCCAAACGGCGGAAGUGUGCCACAUCCAUGUAAGGCUAAAUACACAUGGAGGGGUGUCGGACAUAUGAACCCCCUCGGAGGAGGUGAUCAAAACCCAUUUGGAUUAGAUUUUAAGAAUGCCGGAAAUACCUGGACAAAGACACUUUGCGAGAGGGACUCCGACAGGGAUGGAAAGACUAACGGGGAGGAGUUGGGAGACCCAAAUUGUGUUUGGACCAAAGGAAGUAUGCCGGCAGAGACACUCGGUAUCAGUCACCCUGGGGUGUGUACUCCUUACUCUGAUCCCGCUUGUCAGGCGGCGAAUGCAUGGGUUGAAUGUGAAGCUGACGAAGGGUUUCAUUGUGACGCCAUACAGGAAGUCGGAAUGAAAAACAUCACUUUUCGUUUUCCCGAAACUGUGAUUCCAACGGAAUCAAAAAUCAAUUACUGCAUGAUGUUGGAUCUACCGACUGAUGGCGACUACCACUUGUUAGCCAGCACACCGUUUAUCAACAACAAGGAGGCCGUACACAAGAUCCUUCUUUAUGGUUGUGAAGAAACAACUGUUAACCCACUGAUUAAGUUCCCUAUGAACUCUCCGAUGUCGUGCGGUACAGAUAUCCGCCUCCAAUGCAACGUUUUAUUAGGAAAAUUGACCGAGGGUUUACAUGGAGAUUGCGUGAACAAAGACUUUGGCUUUCGCAUAGGUCAAAAUGGUUUCAGGAAGGCUAUGAUGCAGAUUCAGUGGCACAAUCACAAUACUCGGCCAGAUUGGAAAGACAGUUCUGGAAUGACACUGCAUUAUACGACAAAUCGUCGUCAGAAUGAUGCCAGCAUUAUCACGAUCGGUCAGAAGUACUUGGCUAUACCACCGGAGACAGAGGUAUCCCAAGUAGAAGGAAGGUGUUCAGGAGAGUGCUCGAGCAAAAAGAUCACUUCAACGGUAUAUAUCACGAGGGCAUACAACCACAUGCAUUCUUUAGGACGUAAACAAAGAAUCGAGCAGUAUAGAAAUGGAUUGAAACUACGGGAUAUAGCUAAUGACGUCAUGUACAGCUACGGCAGUCCUGCCAUCCACGAAUUCCAGAAUCCUAUAGAACUGCGACCCGGAGAUGAACUAAGGACAACUUGUACCUAUAACUCUUUGGGCAAAACCAUGACAACAUUCCAGGGAAGUGAGAUAUCGGAUGAAACGUGCUUUAGUUUCCUAACCUUUUACCCCGCAGAAAACAUGAAAUUUCCUUAUUGUGUCCAAUGGAAGGAAAUAGACAUGAGUAAAUUAACAGAUCUUAGGCAUGACUUCCCCGUCAUCAAUGGGUGCAAUGUGCAUAAUUUUCAAAAUGUAACACAUCCAGAUUUCCAGGAGAUAUAUUCUAAUGUUCUUGCUCGUUGUAAAUCAUUUGGAUCAUGCUUGAAAGAAUGCAAAGAGUACACUGCCAAUGUUCUGAGCAAGCAUGCCUGUCUUCAGGGGGAUCUGCUAGCCAUGUUCAAACACUCUACUAAAUCGUCACGUGAUAUUGAAUAUAUGAAAUUUUGGGGAGCCUUCGAGUCCUGUAAAUCGAUGAAGACAUGCAAGUGUAAAGACCCAAGUUCAAUUAAUCAUUGUCCACAACCAGUGCCAGUUAGCACGGGAGGUAUUGGUAGCGUAACUGCCUCCAUGUUUAUCUUUGUGUCAUCCCUCCUCGUCCGUCUAUUGAUAUAG